CACGUAUUUUUUUUAAUUUGCUUAUUAUUUUUUUGGGAGGGAGUAAGUGAUAAAGAAUUGAGUUUUAAUAGGUUGGUGCGAGGACGUGAGUUGGCAUCGCACAGGAUUACAGCCCUCACACUCUGAGUCCAACCUAAAGCAGCACAGUCGGCGACGCCGCUGGCGGAAUUCUGCCGCAGCAGCUUCGUCUACCGAUUUCUCGAUUCAAACGAUGUCGCUCUGUCCUCCGACCGGAGGAUUUACCACUCCGAAGCUCCAUAGCUCACCGCACCAACCUACUUGCACAAACGUCGCUCUCAAAUUUAACGUUUUUGCCAACUUUUCUCCCUCCAAUCAGCCGUCGUUAAGGAUCGACACGGAGAAUCCAUUCCAGAUACAGUGCGCCGCGCCGGACGCCGCGACGGAGAAGGUUAGUCUGCCGGAGGAUUUUGAGGAACCGAAACUAGACGACGGUGGCGAUGGAGACGGUGGGAAUGGGCGGUUUCCUCUAGGAGGCGGCGGCUCCGGUGGGGAGGGAGACGACGGCGGCGGUGAAGAUGAGUUCGGGCCGAUCGUGAAGUACGAUGAGGUUUUGUUUGAGGCAGAGAGCCGCGGCGCGGUGCUGCCUGCUGAUAUGAUCGAGGCGGCGAAAUCGACGGGGCUUCGUAGGUUGUUUCUCACUAGAUACUUGGAUCUUCAGAGUUCAGCCUGGCCGUUAGGGUUUUUGAUGAGAUAUUGCUCGAUGCUUCGGAACCGAAUGCUGGCUGAUCCCUCAUUUUUGUUUAAAGUUGGAACAGAGGUGGUAAUUGAUUCUUGUUGUGCAACAUUUGCUGAAGUUAAUAAAAGAGGGAAAGACUUCUGGGCAGAAUUUGAAUUGUAUGCGGCUGAUUUGUUAGUAGGUAUCGUUGUUGACAUUGCUUUGGUUGGUAUGUUGGCCCCCUAUGCUCGUAUAGGCAACAGACCCAUAAGCAGUGGCUUUCGUGGGCGUAUGCAGCAGUCUUUUGCAGCUCUCCCCAGCAGUGUUUUUGAAGCUGAGAGACCAGGAAUUAGAUUUUCAUUGCAGCAAAGAAUUGCCACAUACUUUUACAAGGGCGUAUUAUAUGGCUCAGUUGGUUUUGGAUGUGGUCUAAUCGGCCAAGGCAUAGCAAAUAUGAUCAUGACUGCUAAAAGGAACAUCAAGAAGUCAGAAGAGGAUAUACCCGUACCCCCCUUAAUAAAAAGCGCUGCUCUCUGGGGUGUUUUUCUCGCGGUUUCUUCAAACACCCGUUAUCAAAUAAUAAAUGGAUUGGAAUAUUUUGUCGAAGCCUCGCCAUUGGCCAAGCAAAUCCCACCUGUUGCCAUGGCUUUCACAGUAGGGGUACGGUUCGCCAAUAACAUUUAUGGAGGAAUGCAGUUCAUAGACUGGGCUAAAUGGAGCGGGGUUCAGUAGUUAAAGCUCGUGACAUCUUUCUCCCCUGUUCCAAGAUACAGCUGUUUUUUGCUUCUGCACACAAUUAGGUUAAGCAAGUAUUUUAGAGCAUGAUGUUUUAUAUAAUAUCGACUUCUUUUUUAGGUGUUUGGAAUUUAGAAUCAGUAUUUAAUCCAAUUAUUGCGCAUAUAA